CCAGGCACUUGGCGUGUCAGUCGCUAGCUAACUGACCCGCGUCUCGCCAGCUCGCCCUGCCUGACGGCGCAAAAAGGGACUGACUGCGUUAUGGGCUGUUCGCGGGUCGAGAUACGAACACCAUGUUCGUUUGAGAGCAACUCGUACGGGCUUGCUGGUUGUUUCGGACGCGAGCGGCUCGAUGAGAAGAUCACUCUGGACGGCGUGUGGUCGAACAACGGAGCACACGUGAUGUAUGGCGUUCCACGACUAUCGCUUGUCGGGUCGAAUCAGUCAAGCUACGCCCCGGAACAUCUCCGAGGGGCGGCGCAACGCGCUGACCUAGCCUUCGCGCGACACCGAUCCAUUGUCCGUCCGAAUCAAAAGAGGCCCGUCCGGGAUGACCAGCCACACCGGCGGCGCUUAGGGACUCGCCGAACACAGGUUGCGAAGACCCAGGCAGCACGCCGAGACGUCUCCCAAACCAAAGGUGAACCGGCGGGACAUCCUCGACCAGCAGCAUGGCCAGGUAACCAAUCCGCUGUCCGGCAACUUUCGACUCAACCAGCCAUCGGCAUCCCGGACAAGAUCUGCCCAGGCAAGGAGUUCGCCUCCAGAAGCGUGUGGCUCGCAGCCGCCAACAUCCUCGCCGUGUUCGACAUCCGCAAGGCGCGCGAAGAGGCGGGGAGGGAGGUCACGUACCCCGACCUCGACCGCCGACACCACUCACUCAGCGACCUCGACCACACGCGCACGCUCCUCGAUCCUGUCGAAGAUACUCUCCUCUUCCCGCAUCUGAUACACGGUCUCCUUGACGCCGCCGCCGAGAGUAGUGACGGGGAGGGGCACGUCGAGGGGCGUGCGUGGCACGCCGUCGGACGACGCGCUCGACGCGAGGGUGUUGUUCCGCGUCACGCGGCUCCUCGGGUACCCAGCGGCGUCGGCGAAGCAACCACAGGCGCGGCGCGGUCAUCGGUCAAAGGGUCUCCGCCACGUCGCCCGAGCUGGGGUGGCGGAUGAGGCCGUCGAGCACGGGCUCGUGGACGUCGACGGGGGCGUACUCGCGGUAGACGACGUCGGGGUGGACGAGGGAUGCGUUGUGUUCGAUGUAGUUGUGGCGGCUGAUGUCGCGGAGGCAGAU